AAAGCCUCUACACACAGACAGGGAAAAAAGGCAGUGGUGGAUCGCUGUGCCCGGCUAACGAGAAGCCGGCUUCGGUGAAGAUGGUGUCGGUCUCGUGCGCUCGCAGGUUACCCCGCCGCUCGCAUGCGGCGCUAAUCGCGGCAUUCACCUUGCUGCUCAUACAAGCAGUCAUCUUAUGGAACAUCAGCAAUCUGGACUCGAGUGAGCAGGAGGAUGGUGGUGGUGGGACUGCUGGGGAUCACCGGGACAAGAGAGAUCUUGGGAGCAGGAGCACCGAUCGUCAGCACCGGCUGCAGCAGUAUCCUCAGCAGAUAAGGAGAGGAGCAGCUGCAGCACACAGCCAAGCUCCGGGUGUACAUUUAUCUCACAGGCCAAAAGAAAAAGUCAGGAUAGACAGCAAUAAUGAAAACUCUGUUCCGAAGGACUUUGAAAAUGUAGAUAAUAGUAAUUUUGUAUCAAGGACUCAGCGGCAAAAAUAUCAAUCGGAGAUAAUAAAAAAACCUGUAAGUAAGCAUAAAGAGUACUUAAAGCAGAAAUCUGAACAAGAAGAGAAAGUCAAAGAAAAUUCAUUGCUUGGGAAAAACUCCAAUGAAGUCCUUAAUGAGUAUGUGAUAAAAAAUGGCAGUAGUUUGAAGGAGAAUUAUAAACCAUCUAAACACCAGCAAAGGAAAACUGGAAGCACCUCCCCUGAAGGACAAAGUGAGCAACCACCAAAAUGUGAGAUAUCAGGCAAAGAGGCCAUAUCCGCUCUCUCACGGGCUAAAUCCAAACAUUGUCGGCAGCAGAUUGCUGAGGUUUACUGUCAGCACAAAGAAGGCAAGUUAAUGCCAGAGAGAGUAGCCCGUCUCUGCCCCAUUGAAGGCAAAGCUAACAUUAAUAUUCAGUGGGAUGAAGACUCACUGGAGAACAUUCCAGAGAACCCAGUCAGAAUUGUUUUUGUCUUAGUGGUGCAUGGUAGAGCUUCCCGUCAACUACAGCGCAUGUUUAAAGCUAUUUACCACAAGGAUCACUUUUACUACAUCCACGUUGACAAGAGAUCCAACUACCUGCACAGGCAAGUGACUACCUUUGCACAGAAAUUCCAGAAUGUGCGCUUAACUUCAUGGCGAAUGGCUACAAUAUGGGGAGGUGCGAGCCUGCUUACCAUGUAUUUGCAGAGCAUGAAGGAUUUAUUGAAUAUGAAAGACUGGCCUUGGGAUUUUUUCAUCAACCUCAGUGCUGCAGAUUAUCCCAUCAGGACAAAUGAUCAGCUGGUAGCGUUUCUGACAAAGUACCGUGAUAUGAACUUCCUGAAAUCUCACGGCAGAGACAAUGCCAGGUUCAUUAGAAAGCAAGGGCUGGAUCGACUGUUUCUUGAAUGUGACACACACAUGUGGCGCCUUGGUGACAGAAAAAUUCCAGAAGGCAUUUCCGUUGAUGGAGGCUCUGACUGGUUCUUACUCAACAGGAAGUUUGUAGAAUAUGUUAUAUUUUCUACUGAUGAUCUUGUGACAAAAAUGAAGAGGUUCUAUGCAUACACAUUGCUACCAGCAGAGUCUUUCUUUCACACUGUGCUGGAGAAUAGUCCACAUUGCGAGACAAUGGUUGACAACAACCUGAGAAUUACAAACUGGAACCGAAAGCUGGGCUGCAAGUGCCAGUAUAAGCAUAUUGUUGAUUGGUGUGGUUGCUCUCCAAAUGACUUCAAACCCUCUGAUUUCCAUCGGUUCCAGCAGACUGCAAGACCCACGUUCUUUGCUCGCAAGUUUGAGGCUGUGGUGAACCAAGAAAUAAUUGCACAACUGGAUUACUACCUGUAUGGCAGCUACCCAUCUGGUACACCAGCACUCAAGGCAUACUGGGAAAAUGUAUAUGAUGAACCUGACGGAGUGCACACCAUCAGUGACAUUCUGCUGACAAUUUACCAUUCUUUCUCCCGUCUGGGCCUAAAGAGAGCAGAGACAUCACUGCAUGUUGAGGGAGACAACAGCUGCAGGUAUUAUCCAAUGGGCCACCCGGUAUCAGUUAGUGUUUACUUCCUCAGUGACCGUUUCCAAGGCUACCUGGUAAAGCAUCAUGCAACCAACUUAGCAACUAGUAAACUAGAGACACUGGAAACGUGGAUGAUGCCAAAGAAAUUCUUUAAAAUUGCAAACCCACAAAGUGACUUUGGAAGACUCCAGUUUGCAGAGAUAGGUACAGACUGGGAUGCCAAAGAAAGAAUUUUUCGAAACUUCGGAGGGAUUAUGGGUCCAAUGGAUGAGCCAAUAGGAAUGCAGAAAUGGGUGAAAGGUCCUAAUGUAACAAUCACCAUGAUUUGGAUAGAUCCCAUUAAUGUAAUUGCAGCUACAUAUGAUAUUCUUAUUGAAGCAAAUGCAGAAUUCACACAUUACAAACCUCCACUGAAUCUUCCACUGCGUCCUGGAUUGUGGACAGUCAAAAUUUUGCAUCAUUGGGUUCCUGUUGCUGAAACAAAGUUUCUGGUCACCCCUUUAACAUAUUCAAACAGGCAGCCAAUCAAGCAAGACGAAGUGAUGAAACUGCAUGGUGGCCCUCCUAAGAAUGCUUACAUGGAGCAGAGCUUUCAAGGCCUGAACCCUGUCCUAAAUAUUCCAACUAAAGCAGAACAGCUGGAACAGUCGAAGAGAAAUGCAGCCCUUACAGGCACACAUUUGGAAAAAUGGGUGGACACUUUGGUGAACAGUGCAUGGUCAGCAGUGGACAUUUGUUCAGCAGGCCCAACAUCUUGUCCAGUCAUGCAAUCCUGUAGUCAGACUGCCUGGAGUACUUUCAGUCCAGACCCAAAGUCUGAACUGGGGACCAUCAGAACUGAUGGCCGUCUGAGGUAGCAUCUAAGCACUUGGUAUAGUUUUAAAGAAUAACAGAAUUUUAAAUGGGAAUUUAACCUCAAAGCAGUAGUGUACCUACUGACUAUGAGGGAUUUAAAUGGGAAUUUAACCUCAAAGCAGUCAUGUUGCUACUGACAGUGAGAUGGUAGGCUGAUGUAUGAACUUUAUGCUGCGUUUUGUCAGAAUGUGCUCAUGAAAUGUCUCUGGAAAAACAAAAAACAAACAAACAAAAAAAAAAGUUGCUCAAGAGUUUUAAAUGGAGCCAAUCUUAUUUAAGACACUGAGCUGGAUAUAGUAGUUCAUGUAAGUUUUCAGUGCCUAGAAACUGAGUUGCUUCAUCUUCUUUACGGCUGAGUGAAGUACCUUUAGACAAUCCUGUCUAAAAUAUAUAGAAGGUAUUCAGAGUUUUAAAAUAAGGCAGCAAUUGUGUUCUGUGAAAGUAUCAGUGAGCUGUAAACCUUGUUCUCACAAGGAUACUAAAAGCAUCUUGACUGCUUGUUGAAGUGCAGCACAGAUGAGGAAGGAACAGGAUCCGCUAACAUAGUUUAGUUAAUCUAGUUUGAGCAAAAGGUAUACGAAACUAUUACAGAAACAGGACGGAUUACAACUUCUAGGUAGCAAGGAUGCCAAAAUGUUAUGAUACUGGUUAUAUACAGCAUCUACCGGAGGGGAAAAAAGGACACGUUAAGGAGCCUGGCCCAUCAGACUUCUGCCCACUCAAGAGUCUCAUUCUGUUUUUUUAGUCUUCAUUGAAAAUUUUAAAUCAAAUGCUUUCUGCAAAAUAAAUCUUCACGUGCUAAACUCUGCAUGGAUAUACAUGCUUAUCUUUGGGGCAUUAAGACAAACUAAUGUUAUUUGGUGUGUAAUUGUUUUCAGUCUAAGCCCAAUGGGAAGAGCUACAAGGUAAAUUUGAACUUUUAAGUGCUACCCAGAAGCUAGUCAUUUUUAACAUUGUGAACCCAAAUCUUGUUAAAUGACAAGAUGCACAUGUAUACAUAUAAAGAUAUUUUAUAGUUUCAGAUUUUCCAUUUUCUGUAAAUUGUACUUGUAUUAUUGCUGAGUAAUGGUCACCUAUUUAGCAGUUGAAAGAUUAAAGUGAACCACAGAAAUUAUACUUUCCACUGGUGAGUUGUAGUACAAGUCAUCCAGUGGAGACCUUUGCUAGAAGAUUUUUUUUUUCUCAGUCUGGAUUCGUGUUAAGUGAAUGCUGUGACACAGCAGAUGUAAAGCAAAUGUAUUUUACACACACUGAAUUUUGAUUAUAUUGCAAAUAAAGCAAAGCCUUUUGGGCCAGUGCUCAGCACAGAAAUAUGGUUAAAUUCCCUUUUAAAUGUAGUAAAUGGUAGCAAAAUUGCCUCAGAGCCUACAGACUUGCUGCUGACCGUAUCUUUCCACGGACUCCUCACCUUGAUAGUUUUAAGCUACUGCAGGCUGCUUGAAACUUAAAAUAGUAAUGUCAGCUGUGCUGGCAAAGAGGCUGUAUCUUACAUGUUAUCUGGAACAAAUGAAUGCAUAGAAAGUUUAUUUUAGUAUUUAUUUAUAUAUUUUAGUCAAUGACUAAUGAUUAGAUGCUGCUUUUGCAGCUUGAUGUUAAAUUAAUCUUACUAACAAGAUGCCUUUAUUAACAAAAGGCCCAUCCCUCUGGCUUCCGCUUGUCAUUCCGAGUCUGUUCUUAAACCAGUAGGAUUUUUACAGUUUGCAGGAUAGAGAAUCUGAUACAUACUACAUAUAACCUUUUUUAAAUGAUCACUAAUUUAUUGUAGAUGCUUUCUUUUUCUCUUUAACAGGUGUGUUCUAAAUAGAAAUGCAUAUUGUGGUGAAAACGUUUGACUUGUACAUUCCUGUUUGUUUUUAAGUGCCUUUGUACUUAUGUUGUGCAGACUUCUUUUAAGAAUAAUGUUUAUAUGGUGUCACUAAAAGGAAACCUCAAUCCAUGUUUUUCUUGCUGAUUUUAAAACUAGGCAUGCAGUUUUAAAAAAUUGAAGCCGGCCUUGUAUUAGACCUUUAGUCAUUUCAGUCUGUAGCUCAACUGUUCAUGAAAAGUGAAUCAUAUAUCCAAAGAAAGGAGUAUCAUAGAAAAUCAUCUGACCAUUACACCGGAGAAUAUCAUCAAACAUUCAAUACUCCAUUGAUUAUGACUGAUUCAAACAGUUCAAUACUCCCUUGAUUAUGACUGAAAGGUGGCUUUUUGUUGUUUUCCAUGGAGCCAAUACAUUGUAAAAGGCUCACAUUUUAUUACUCCAUGGUAGCACUGAAAGGACAGAAGUGUCCAGUUUAUACACUUCCUUUCCUGUUGGCCACAGCAUACAGCUUGAUGUUAUAAAGGAUUUAUUUCUGUAAGGCCCUUUUAGAAGAACAUGGCAUGGCUAAAUGAAAAAUGAGCAUUCUGUCAUGCUUAGCUCUGCUUCUACUUUUCAAACACGCAGGAGGAAUAGAACAGAGACCAGCUGCAGAACCCAAAAUUAGGGCAUACAGCAAUUGUUUGUGGUCUCAGCUGCCUUUGAACUAUACCUGUUACAGAAUGUAGUUUUAUGAUAUUAUCUGUUCUGUAGUCAUUAUCAGUGUGUGUGUGUGUGUGUGUGUGUGUGUGUGUGUGUGUGUGUGUGUGUGUGUGUGUGUGUGUGUGUGUGUGUGCGCACCCACGUUCAUGUGUUUGUAUUUGCAUCUCUGUGUGCGUGCACAUAUAGGCACUCAUGGUCAUACAUGCCCUAUUCUGUACUGGGUUCUCUUGCCUUAGGAGUUUCUGUACAUAAGAAUGCAAUAUCACAUUGGAACAUGAAGUAACAACAAUUCAUGUUAGCAUAAACAAUACCAUUGUCAAAGGUACUAGUUGGUAACAAUGGGUAACAGACCUUCUACAUAUAAAUGGGAGGUAGGAAUGGGUGGCCCUAGAAAAAUAUGGCAAUGUUUAAGUAACAAAAGACUGGAGGGAUGAAUGUGCAACAGGUAUCAUAUAGCAGAAGCUGGGAGUGAAUACCCAUGCAUGCUCAACAUUCCAGACAUAAGUGGGGUACAAAUGUGGGUAACUCUGGCCAACAAGAACUGUAUUCGAUGAUCUUGGGUAAGGUAGCUGAGACUGUACACAGGAACAGUAGGCUAUAUUACCUGCGAGGUAUGUACCACCUGUGCAACACGGGGCCAUGAAAGCCUAGAUGAGGAUUCUGAUCAGUAAGGUUUUUGAAAGUCAAAGAAGCAUUUUGCACUGUGAGAGCUGCCAUUGAUUGGAUAGCCAUGCAGCAAUAUAAGUUGAGAUCCAUGUUGGAUGCACAUUGCAUAAUACAGAAUACAACAUGUGAUAAAAUGUAUUUUCUUGACUCUCACCCUAUAAUUUGUAGUUUAUUUAUUCUUUAGGAAGUAUUAACAAUUUUUUUUAAUCUUCUGCAUGUUAUUCUGAUUUAAAUAAAUAAACUUGAGUGUGAAACUAUGUGCCUUUCUGUUGCUACACUGGAACAGAUCUCCCAGUAUAUCUAAUUUCAAGCUAAGCUGAAGUAAAAUACUUUGUACUAGUAACCUACUGUCUACCAUUGCUGAUGGUAGGUUUACCCAAGACUAAUGUUCUGUAACCUUGUGGGUUAAGCCCAUGGGGUACAGUUUCCCCAAGAAAGUAUACAGUUCUCAUCACCAGUGAUUAGGCUGUUUUAAUUAAUAAAAUAAAAUGGACCUGUUUAACAUUAUUGUUUAUUUUUCUUAAAUGUCCAUUGUAUAGACUAGUGGGGCUCCUUGUGGUGCUGGUGUGUACGUGUGUGUAUACAUGCUGUAUCAUUUUAGUAGAGAUGUCACUUUGAAAUACUGUCCAUACAUAUGGUAAAUCAUGUGGAUUGUCAUAUGCAGUACAAAGACAAAACUUAGCUUAUGUCCAUGACACUAUGUCAUGUUGAGUAUAUAUUUUUUUUUUCAAAAAUACGGGGAUUAUUUAUAUUAGUUUUUCUUUUAAGAGUGUUGUGCUUCUAGUUGAUCAUAGUAUACAUGAAGAUAUGUUUUAAAUGGCUAUUGUUGUUCUUAUCUGGUUUGAAUUUGUGAAUUUUCUGCCACUGCCAUAGUGUUGUUAACUUCCAAAUGUUUUAUUCACUCCUGAGUCUGGAGCUUUGAGCAGUGGUGAUAAAAGUUUACCACUGGUCACAUGACUCACCUUAACCAAUCAGAUUGUUUUCCAUUUUAACUUUAAUCAGGAAACAUUUUGAACUAACAGUGUUGUGGUACAGAGUGGCAUCUGCAACAGUUGUAGGAUAAUUGAAAGGAUUAGUCUGACCAAACUAGAAAAAUGAUACCUAGCAUAGAAAACUUGAAAUAUCAGAUAAGGGACUGCUAUUAUUCUUUUGAAAGUUUGUAGACCUUGUUAUGUUCUCCAAAUAAGAAGGUUCAACCACAUGAUUUUUUUAUUCCUUUAUUUCAAUCAUUUUUAUGAAAAAAGUGCCAUUGUUUGUUUCAGAAUAUUUGAGAAAGGGCACACUACAAGACAUGGAGAACUGUGGCAUGCUAAAAUGUAGCUGAACUAUAUGUCAGCAUUUUCACCAUAAUAUGCACUUUUAUUAAAAAACAAGUUUUCUAAAGCUGUUCAGAAUCAGACGCCUGCCAAUCUUCUUCAGACAGGAAAGCAGUUUAAUGUAUUAUUCAUUCCUUCUUAGCAGACAACAAUCUGUCAGGGCCAUUCACUGUCCAACCUAUCCAAAAUGUGUACUGCAAUAGAGUGGACAAGUGAACUAUAGAAACAAGCACCAGUACCUGGUCAAGAUGGCAAAUGCAAUCAUCUUGCUCAGGGAACUAUGCAUAAUACUUGCUGCCCAAAGCAAAAUAUGCAGAGGUAAAAGUACCUAGCCACGAGGUGUCUCUAAGUGCUAUUAAAUGCUAUGUACAGACUGCAGCAGCAUGCACUCUGUUCUUGGACUUCAUAGGUUUGGAACAACAAUGAUAAUUGUUCAGAAAUGACAGGAGUUGGGAGAGAGUCUCAUUGUCUCUGAAUGUAAUAAUAAAUGCUGUCUAGGAUGUUAUCUGCAUAAUGGACAUGCAUAUCCACAAUCAGUGCAUACUGUGUGAAUGCACUUGUGUAACUCAGAGUCUGUGCUGUGCAUUGGAAUAUUGCACCAUAUGUGACCCUAUGUGUAUAUGUAAAUUCUGUAAACAGAAUCUGUGUAUUGGCAUGUGUAUACAGUGUACAUGUAAAUGACUCUGUAUUCAUAUGAACGCUUGCACAUGGGUACACAUACAUGUCUCCGUACUACAUAUGUGAGCCUAGCAUCUAACACACAAUAUGUGUAUGCAUGUGCAGACAUGCAGAUGUCUAUGUGCUGAACAUAUAUAAAUGCAUUCCUGUACACAUAUGGGAGCAUGUUUAUACUAUUUGCAGUUCUCAGUCAUACAGCAAGCAUUAGCAUGCAUGUAUGAACAGGAGUAAAUGUACUUCACUAUACCAUUUAUAACACGAACAAAGGAAAAAUGUGUGCCGAUGAAACUGUGCUGGUAGUGAUCACAACCUGCUAGGCCUUUGUAGUCAUGCAUAGCAUUUGUAGCUGCUAGACAGUAAGAAUGGCAUUGCUCUGUUAACUAGCAUAAGCUAAGUACUGUAGUGAGCCUAGGAUGAAAGAAUGAGUGAAAGUCGAAAGAAAAGCACUGGUGUUUUGCAUUCAGUCAUCCGUAUUAUAAGGAUGAUGCUAAUGACCACGUACUAUAGUUUUGGUUUUGGAAUGGAAUGUUGUACUUGCGCAUUCUCAGAGAAGAUUAACAUAUUUACUUCAUGUGUCUGUACACAUGUGCACACACAUUCAAACUUCAUUUUAUUUAUUCUGUUAGGAUUCCUUUUCAAAAACAACUUAUUUGUGUUUUUUGUCCUAUAUUCUGUAAUCAACUUGGGCAGGGUCAGCAGGGCUUUUAAUUAUGUGGAAAGAGUGUUUGUAUGUGUGUCUGUGUCUGUGCGUUUGUGUAUGUUUAUAUAUACAUGUUUAGUUUAUCAUUCUAUCUAUAGUGUCAUAUUCGCUUUCAGUUCAUUGAGCACAGGAAAAUUGAUACGCAGACACAAUUACUUGUUUUACUGAUCAGACGUCAUUGCAUGGUAUGCACUGCAGAUGAUACGUUUCUGAACAGACCACCAGUGUCACCAGACUGAUAACUUUUAAAUUUAUUUACCACCUUCUUCUCAAAUGUAUAAUACUUCAAUAGAAUUUGAUUCUGAUGAAGUCUCUCAUACUUUUGAAAUGAAACCGCUAAGUAUAUUUAAAAGUUAAAUAAGUCUGAUGAUGUUGGUUGUUCAUGGUUAAUAGUCAUAUAUGUACAACUGAGUCUGCAUUUGACUUUGUGUACAUUUCUGAACAGAAACAUCUGAAAAAGAAAUGUGGCAGGAAAAAAAAUCAUAUAAUCUACCUGCUGUAAAACUUACUGUGUCUCGCUGAUGCCAGAUGGGGAAUUUCGUGUGUCUUUUUACCUUUCUAUUCUAUUCUAAUUGUGUCACUUCUUUACUAUUCUAUUCUAAUUGUGUCACUUCUUUAUUUGAUCCUUCCAGAUGUUCCAGUCUUAUUACAAGUAUUUCUCAGAUAUGUUUAACAUCUCACAAUGUCUACAAAUUCCGUAACAUUUUCACUGUUCUCUCAGCCCUGUUGUCAAACAAGUUCAGCGUUUUCAUUUAACCUCUAACUAGUCAGCUUACAUAACUUCUCAAUUCAGUAUUUUCUCAGUAAAGGACUAUUCUGACAAUGACAUAGUGUCUAACCACCUUAAACAUUUGCACUUUCUACUUAUAUUUUUCUGCUGUUCAGUCUAACUUCUCAAGAUUAAAGUUUGCUUUCCCAGAGACCUAAAACAUCCUCUCAUAGGAUCUUUCCAGUUCCAAGUGUUAGUGUUGUGAUUUUUUUUUAUUUAGCUUCUAGUAUUUCUCUCUCUCUUUAAACUCAUUGCAAAAGUAUUUCUGACUGUUUUACUUCAUAACUAAUCUCAAAAUUCAUUUAGUAAUUAAAAGAAUGUCCUAAACUAUAUACUUGACUAAAAGCGGCACAACUUAUUUGUUUAUGGAUAACUUCUUGACUAACGAAAGGCAUGUUUUUACUUCUCUUUCUUGGUUUAAAAGUUUACCAAAAUAGACUUAGUGAUUCUUAAUUAAAAACUCAGAAAAUUGUAAAGCAUAGUCAAACUAGAGCAGGCAGACUAGCUAAUAUGGAAUAGCUUCUUCUUAAAACAAAAGUUUUAAAUUAGAGCUAUGCAAGCUGCAAAAAGAACAGCGGUCAGAGGAGAAAGUUUGAAUUUGUUUUAAACAAAAUCAUACAACACCUAAUCUUUAAAAAACAUUUUCAAAGAACUGAGCCUAGGUAUUUUUGUAGCAGGCCAAAGUCACUUGUCUGUAGUACAUUAGCAUCCUGUCCAAGAUUCUUUUCCCUGCUUUGCAGCCAUUGAUUACCAAAUUAUGCUCUGUUUUCCCAUGACACUGGAUAAUUAGAGAAAGAAUGAAUGAAUGAGUGAAUAUCACUCAUGGGUAUAUGCAUACAUCACCCAUAUACAAGAAUUAAUAAAUGCUGCUUUUCUUAAAAUUAUGGGAUUGAGGGAAUGAAGGCAUGCAUUAUGCAUUAAUGCAUCCACACUGGCUUAGAGCAAUGUCACUUUGCCCACCAAGUUUGUAUACACCUUCUCCAUGCUAGUGUGACCACCAGUCAGUGUGCACUUUUCUUUAGGUUCAGUGUGACUCAUAAAGAUUGUUUUCCUUUACAUGAGUAUGAAAGCACAGUUCAUCACACUGAAAGUUUGGGGGUGCUUUUGGGCCAUUGUGUCAAGAUGCAUCGUAAGAAAAAAUGCACAUGACAGGAACUUGCCUUUGGUUUAUUAAGUUGACACACAUCACAUAUAUUAGGCCUCACUUCCUACACCACUCAGGAAGGAGAUUCUCUAAUGCAGAAUGACCUUGUCAAAGGUUCAGUCUGUGAUGUACAUUUUACUCUGAUAGUUUUCUUGAUUACCUUUAACUUUCACCUAUAAAAGCAAAUCCAUGUACCUUCUUAGACUGAGAGUUAUGCUGUAAUGUAAUAAUAAAAAUAUGUGUCAGAUCAUUAGAGUGGUGCCUUUAUCAAUUAAAGUCUUGAUUUCUGAAGGAACAAAACAGAAAAUCUGAAAACAACCCAAAGACAUGUUUCUUACAGGUGCAAGACCCCCACACAGGUCUCAGUGUGUGGGCUUUUCUGUCCAUGGGCACACACCCACUUAAUUAUUCUAUUUCCAAGGUUACACAACCUUGGAAGAAAGGCAUGUGUCUUUCCUUGAGCAUGUGCACUCACAUUUUACAGUGAAUGUUAACUUUGUUAUGUUAUGGUGAUAAGACAAACCUUAGUGUUGAUUAGUGGAUUAGCUAUUAUACAUCUAAUAUCCACCUACAGUAAAGGAUCGUCUCUGCAAAGGAUUUGUUAUAUCUAUUAGUAGCACAUCAAAAAGUAGAUCAACAUCUGGUUUGGUAAAACAGAGUCAAAGAUUUUCAGUAUCUAAACCAGAUGAAUUUCAGUUUCCCCCUCAAAUGGAAAAUAUCAUUUUCUGCCUCUCAUGUUGAAAAAGUUCAAAAUAACAAAUAUGUCUGACUAACUGUGGACUGACCAUGAAAAAGUACACCAGUUUAUGUUGCUGCAUCACAGCAGUUUACCCUCCAAAUUGAAUCCCAGCUGACGCUAUCCUACUCGUGCAGAAUCUGUGAAUCCUCUCUGGUCUGCAUAUUUUUAUAAGGCAGUCUAGUUCCAUUCCAGAAGCCAAAGAUAUGCACGAAGACAAAAUCAUAUCAUGAGCAAUUGGAUUGCUCUUAGUUGUGUAUAUCUAACUAUCUGUGCGUGUGUGAGUGUGCGCGCGUGUGUGUGUGUGUGUGUGUGUGUGUGUGUGUGUGUGUGUGUGUGUGUUUGCAUGUGCUGUUUCUCUGUCUGUCCUUGGGUGCAUAUGUCUGCAUUCAUGCAUAUGUGGGUGUUUGUGUGUUAGUGCAUGUUGCAAAUGUGUGUGUGUGUGUGUGUGUGUGUGUGUGUGUGUGUGUGUGUGUGUGUGUGUGUGUGUGCAUAUAUAUCAUAGUAUGGAAUGACAACAAGUCCAGAAUUUGUUCUCUGUUUUUUCUGUUUGGUUGCAUCAAUAAGCUCCGCCUCUCCAUGACACUGACUGGGAUAAAGCAUGUAUCAGAAAAUGAAUGCAUUCCAAGUAUGGCCCAUAUCCUCUUUUUCUUACCGUGUAGACUUUGUUCUAUAGCAAAAUUAACAAUCAUAUAACGGCACACAGAAGCACAAUGUAGAGUGUUAUACCAAAAAACAAGACCCUGUCUAAAAGAAUCUUGUCUGUCAUCUGGAAUAAACCCUUCCUGUGGUGACCCUUGCUUCAUUCUUGCUGCUAAGAAAGUGAUGAUCUUUAAUAUUACUCCUGUUAGGAGUCAUAUUAGUCUUGCCAUCUAUGAACAGUACUGUACUACUCUGUUAUAUUUAGAACAUCCUGAAUUUGAUACCCAGAGUAACAGGCAGCACCACUUAUUUGUUUAUGGAUGAGAUCCUGGCUAAAAACUCAGAAAAUUAUAAAGCACAUCCUUAGAGACCUUAUUUGCUUAUACUGCCUUCCAGUCAGACUUGUCGCAGCUUAACUUUUGUCGUCCCUUCACUCACAAAUCUUAUGCUUCAAUGCCCCGAAUUCUUUGCUUUCUUCUGCUGUGAAGCCUGUCUCAAUGUUCUUAUUCACAAGUUUGCAAAUAACUAGUGACCAGAACCAUUACACAGUGACUUACUUCGCGUCCAGUUUCUAGUAACUCAACAUCUUCAGUGCUUUUCUCUGCUUUGUCAUACUGCUUUCACUAACUUGGAUAAAAAAAAUGUUGAUUGGUAUGGAAGUUAAAUAAAUAUAUUUUGUAUUACUAGCUAAUAAUUUUGAUUUAUAAUCCAAAGACAUGCAUCUAGAGUGUUUCU